UGUGAUUCUUAAAGCAUAUAUGUAAAUUUUUAUUCUCGCAUUUAAAAUUUGAAAUUCUUGAUCUCGUAAAUAUAUCAUCAACCGACUAUUUAAUUAUCAGAAUCUGUCCUAAUAUUUUCAUCCAAAUCUGUUUCGAAUCGAAUAAAAUAGCAAUGACAGCCCAUAUUUUGAAUCUCCUUUCAGUGAUAAAAGUGACUAAAGGGUAUAGUCAAUCAGAAGACUCAUAAGUCACUUCUAGAGUCAUCUUUAAAAGAGAAUUUAGAAUAUGGGCUUAAGGCCAUCAAUAAUAUUUUGGCUUUGAGACUUAAAACUUUAAAUUUUAUUAUACAAAAGCAAAAGAAACAAAUGCUACAACCCUAAAAUGAUUUAAUUUUUUAGUUUAUUAAGAUUAGUGCAAAUUAAAACAUUUUAGGUUUUGCUUUUGCUUUAAUGCAACAAAUUUAAAGUUUAAAGACAAAAUAUCGUUAAUCGGGCCUGCAUUGUGUGUAAAUCGUUCGCUGCAUUGUGUAUCGAGCGACAAAUGGCCAGCGCGUCGUCAUUGCAGAUGGCGCGCGCGACGCUACGUGAUGUCUCAUAUUCUUUCUGCCCCGCCGGGUAGUGAAAACGCGCGGGCACCACAAAUACGUCGCCAUUUUCAGGAUUCUCGACGUCGCGACAGCCCGUCCAGCCCGAUCGUCAUCUCCUCGAAACUGCGAAACAGCCAUCGACAGACACCGCUCGGCUGCCUGGCUCCUCUCUCGCUGCCAAUCGUCCGCAUCGGGGAAUGAAAAUUUCAACAGUAAAAUAUGACGGCUGACUCUGAUAAGGAUUGCACACAGUGCUUAGUGUGCAAUAGUAAAAUUGCAGUAUCCAGUAGAAACAGUGUACGCAUCUUCAAUGAUUCUAGUUGCACUUCAUCUGAGAAACCACUUGCGCAUGUUAUAGCAGCUGUUUUAGAAAUUGAUAUAAAUGAAAACUCUGUACAUUCUCUCGUCAUCUGUAAAAAAUGUUUUAAAUUGUUCAAUGAGGUGGAUGAACUUGAAAAUAAAUUACAUGAAAUCAAAAUAGAUUUACGUAGUAAUUAUAAAAAGACAAUUGAAGUUAAGAAACUAUGUGAUAUACUUCAAAAUGAAGAAGAAUAUAACGAUCAUGAUUAUACAGACAACGCAGAUAAUCAAAGCACUGUAAUAGAGGAAAUACAAAAAACUAAAAAUAUUAAAAUAAAGAGGAAUAAGCAAGAACAGGAAGAAGAAGAAGAAGAAGGAGAAGAAGAAGAAGAAGAAGAAGAUAUGCUGAUUGAACAAGAUGACAGUUUAUUUACAGAAGUAGAUGAAAGUAAUAGUUCUGAUGAGAAAAAAAAAUCGAAGAAGAACAAAAUUAAAGAAAAUAGCCCUCAGGAAAAUAUUGUAUUUAAAGAGGAAUCUUUAUAUACUUGUUCUUUAUGUUCAAAUGAAGAAGAAAAAGUCGCCGGAGAUGCAAAAACUAUUAUAGGACACAUGAAAGAUGUACAUGAUAUUCGAUUAUAUAUUUGCGAUGUAUGUGGACAAGAUUUUAGGAAGAGAAACGAGCUUUCUUUGCAUCUUGAUGAUCAUGUUGCAAAGGAAGAAGGAGAUUUUCAAUGUGAGAUAUGUAAUAGAAUAUUUAGCAACCUGCGAUUAUUUCGGAUUCAUAAAAGAAUACAUUAUCCACAAGUGAAAUCAUGGCCCUGUGAUACAUGUGGAAAGAGAUACAAUUCCAAAAAUUUGUUAGAUGAACACAUGAACACACAUACCGGUGUUCGCCCGUAUGUAUGUGAGACCUGCAACAAAGAUUUUGCAUCUAAAUAUACAUAUAAAGCACAUGUAAAAACACAUGAAGUACGACCUCGUCCAUUCGAAUGCUCUCAAUGCAACAAAACAUUUUUGAGCCAGCAAAAUUUAACUCAACAUGAACGAACGCAUAAUGGCGUAAAGGAAUAUGUAUGCCAUCAAUGCGGUAAGGCUUUUACUUCAUCUCACAAUUUAGAAGUACACAAUGUAGUACAUACUGGAUAUAAACCCUUUAUAUGCAGAAUAUGUGGUAAAGCAUUUGCACGUAAAGCGGAAAUACGUGAUCAUGAGAGAACUCAUACAGGUGAAAAACCUUAUCAAUGCGAAUUCUGUGGAGCAACAUUUAGUCAGAGAUCGAAUUUGCAAUCUCAUAAGCGAGCGACACAUUAUAAUGAUAAACGUUACAAAUGUGAUGAUUGUGGAAAAGGUUUUAAAAGAAGAAGAUUAUUGGAUUAUCAUAUAAAAGCAGCACACACUGGUGAAAGGCCAUACAAAUGCGACGUAUGUACAGCUACGUUUGUCUAUCCUGAACAUUUCAAGAAACAUAGGCGUAUACAUACAGGCGAGAAGCCAUAUCUUUGUGAGGUUUGUGGUAAAGCAUUCAAUAGUAGAGAUAACAGAAACGCUCAUAGAUUUAUACAUAGUGAUAAAAAACCAUAUGAAUGUUUGGUCUGCGGCUUGGGCUUUAUGAGAAAACCAUUGCUUUAUGCACAUAUGCAAAUGCAGGGUCAUUUAAAUGAUACAAUAGUAGUAAAUCAACCGCGAUUGACAACAGAAGAUGAUCAAGUAAUAACUAUCCCUAAUAAUAAUACUGAACUACUGAUGGAAGAAGUUGACAAUGAACAGUUGAAUGAAACUGAGUUGUAUGUGACCGAAUUGAAAGAUCAUGUGAUCAUACAACAAGAAGGUGAAGAACAGAUGUACAAUGAAGAGGAUGUUGUUUUAAAUAUACCAGCAGCAGAAACUGUGAGUGGCGAAGUAGAACAUCUUGUCGUUGAGAAUCAGAUAAAUUUUGCAGAGGAUGAAGCUAUAACAUGCAAAACUGAAACUACUGAUCAAGUAGAAGCAGUGUACACUUAUAACGGAAAUGAGGAGAGUGAUACAAUAGUUGUACCCGCAACUUCAUCAUUUAAAGAGGGAGAAGACAAAAAUGUGCGGUUAGUGCAGAUAAGAUUUCCGGCCUCUGUGGAUGGAGAAGGCAGGAGUUGGUUGAGUUUAGUACAAAAUAAUUGAAUUUUUGAUGCAAGCAGUAUAUUACAUAAUUAACUGAGAAUGAAAGUGUUGAAUGGAAUAAACAGAGUGUUCCGUAAGUCGAGGUCAAUCAUUCGUGAAAUGAAUGAGAAUUUGAAAAUAAAAAAAAAAAAUUGAACAUAAAUCAUAAAGUUAUUUUCAAGUUAUCCAUUUUUAUUUGAAAUUGCUUUUGAAUUUUUUUUAUCAAAAUUGAAAGAAGAAAUUGUAUAAGUUUGAUAACAUAAUUAAAGUUAAAUAAAAAUUACAGGCUGUUUUAGCAUUUAGGAUGCACUAUUUAGGAUGCACAAAUGCAUUCUUGGAAUUUUGAUUGUUUUUGAGGUCCCUGAUUACCUUUCGAGCGACUGACCUCUACUUUUGAAACAUCCUAUGUAUUAAUAUUAAUAUGUUACUUAUAAAUUAAGUAAUUUAUAUUAGAACAAUAAUUCAGACUAUUUCAAAUGUGUAUAUAUAUGUAUGUGCGUAUGUGUAUGUGUGUGUGUGUGAAAUAAUAUAUUCUUAUAAUUAACUUCUACAUAAAAAUUUGAUUAAUAUAAGUGAAUAUGAUGACAUAUUAUUUCAGCAAUGAUAAAAUUAAAUAAGAAUAGAAAUUAGAAUUAAUU